AUGGUGUCGAUUGAAGUAGGCAUGCGUAUCAUCGACAUUUUCCUGAAGAUUAGUUUUCAUGACCUGAAAACCGGAGCAAAGUAUAAGCGCAACCCACCAUUUGCAGAGUUUGAUUUCAUUACGGUGAGCCAAACGAUUGUUUAUUGCCGUGGUGUGCUGCCGGAUUUAUCCCAGACAAAGUACUUGUACAAGUUGUUAACGCAUCAACCUUCUCAAACUAGUAUUCAAGAGCGCUUGCGACCUGGUAGUGCUUCGCUGGAGUCAAUCAUCAGUUGGAACGUUUGUACAACCUGA